UGUGUUGCCAUCGAGAUGUGAUGUUUGAUACUCGAAUAUUGCUUGAUGCGAAAUUUCGUGAUUUUAAAAGAGAACUUAAUUUUUUUUAUAUUUAAAUUUGAGUAAAAUAUAAUUGAAGUGGCCAUAAUGAUAUAAUGAUAUCAAUAUAAAUUCAUGAUUUAAAAAUAUAAUAAGUUAUUUAUUAUUAACUACAAUAACAAUCAUUGGAUGUCUAAAACCAGUUCAAUAGGGUUAACUAGUUAGCUAGUUAGUUUUUUUUCAUAUUCGAAAUAUGACUUGAUUUUUAUGAUACAAGUUUUUUGUGUUAAUAGUGUUACAUAAACUUUUAACAAAAUGUUGAAAGUGUUACAAAGUCCUUUAUUGCGGCAGUAUGCUGUGGUUAUAAUAGCAAAUUUCAGUGUGCUCUGCACUGGUCUGAACUUGGCAUGGCCGUCACCAGUCCUGGUGAAGCUGAGCAACACCAAUGAGACUAUAUUCUCCAGGCCCAUAACUGAAGAAGAAGGCUCCUGGAUUGUUUCCAUUGGAUUCCUAGUUGCAAUAUUUUUCAGUUUCCUGCCCGCUGUCCUACUUGAUAGAAUUGGUAGGAAACAAUGCAUCAUCUUAUCAAGUGUCCCAAAGGUGGUCAUGUGUCUAAUAUUUACAUUUGCGACCGAAAUCUGGAUGCUUAUGUUGGGCCGAGCGCUUGGAGCGGUAGCAGAUAUCUUCUCGUUUACUGUGGUACCCACAUACGCUUCUGAAGUUGCUAGCAAAGAAAUUCGCGGUGCUCUUGGUACUAUACUGCAAAUACUGUGUUCUCUAGGUAUCCUGAUGAUGCUGAGUAUAGGUCCAUUCACGCCAUAUGUGACUCUUAAUGCGAUAUUUACUGGGAUAGUUGUUAUUCUGUCAAUACCACUUCUAUUUUUGCCAGAUAGUCCUUAUUUUCUGCACUCAAAAGGACGUACAGAAGAAGCUUUAAAUGUAUUGACAUUUCUUCGAGGAUCUGAAGCAUUAGCACAGGAGGAAAUAAAGGAAUACUCGUUCACAAACGAUAUUAAGCCAAAGAAGAUUGAUAUAAUAAAAAAUAGACAAUUUCUAAAGGCGUUCGGUAUAGUCCUAGUUUUGAACAUAGGAAGUCAACUUAUUGGUUUCAAUGCGGUGACUUUUUACCUUCAGACUGUAUUGGAAUCGACUGAAACCAGCGUAAGACCAGAAAUAGCUUCAGUUAUUAUAGGAUGCAUACAGCUGUUAGCCAGUUUUUGCACUACUUUGGUAACAGACAAAUUUGGUAGGAAACCUAUUUUGGGGACUACACUGGCUGGAACAGCUGUAGGAAUGAUUGGCCUCGGGAUAUUCUUUAGAAUAAAGGAAAGUGAAGGACAAAUCAGCGGCUUCAUGAACUAUUUGCCAUUAAUAUCUUUAAUACUAGUUGUAUUUUGUUACAGCGCCGGGCCAGGAUCAGUAAAUUGGCCAUUGUGCUCCGAACUCUUCGAUGGUCCUUCCAGAGCCAUGGGACUAACUUUAGCUGGGAUAAUAGGGUCUCUAACUCUUUUCUUAACCCUAAAAUACUUCGCCUUAUUGACAACAGCGUUAGGCCCAUCUGUGACUUACUGGAUGUUUAGUGUCAACUGUAUAUUAUUCUGUAUGUUCGUACUGUUCUGUAUCCCCGAAACUAAAGGACGAUCUUUCGCUGAAAUACAAGAUUUAUUGGGACAAAAAAAGGACCGCCCAGAAGACGCUUGAAAAUAUUAAAAUUAAACUUAUAGUUGUAUUUAUGAAAUAGAUUUUCAGAAAUGAGUAAUGGAAAUUUUACCGUUUAUUUGGUUUCAAUAUCCAGAUUUAGGAUCUGCGAUAUGAUAUGAUGUGUUUGAUAACUAUAACAAUAAGGGCAAUUAUUUAUAUAUCUGUAGAUAAUUUAAUAUGUUUUAUGAUGGCUAGUACGAGAAACAAAACUUCUCGUUAAUAAAAGUGGAUUAUAUGAUAAAUUAAGCAUAAUUUUUGAUAGGUAUAUCUAAAUUACA